AAAGCUGCUUGCGCGAGCAUCACCGGACCUUUCUUGGCCUAUCUACCGCCUCUUGGACCAUAGAACGACCAAACAUCUUUAGGACAACCAUGAACGAAUACCUCAACAUUUGUGUGUCGGAGGAUAUUCUUGACGUUCAGGCUUUGCAAACUGACGGUGCUUACAAGAAAUACCCACUGCUAAAACAAUUCGUCGGCCACGAAGCUGAAAUCUCACAACCUCAAUACAUUUCUGAUGGGGAAGAAGGGGUUGUGUUCUCUUUCCGGCAUGAGAACAUGGAUCUGUGUUUAAAAUUAUUCAAAACCUGGGAAUUUCCCAAAGCACUACUUCCCGUCCAACCAACAAAUGCAAAACUCCUUGGUCCCUUUAGACGGGAAUGCCGUGCCUUUGCUCGCCUGUGUGAUCUAGGUCUGAAUGGGACUUGGGCAGUGCGGUGUCAUGGUUGGAUAUAUCUAACUGACGACCAGCUUGCAUGUCUCAGCACAGCAUGUAAGCAUUUGAGACUAGUCCCUGGAUCGAAUGUCUCGCGAUGGGCUAUUGUGAAGGAUUUUGUUCCUUCCCCUCCGAGAAAGACAGACCUCCCAGAAAUCCGCGCCAAAUUCGAGAUCGCAAAACAGGCACUGAUUCUGCCGGGUGAUGUUGAAGCAAGAAAUUAUAGAGCUUCCUUUUUUGUUGAUUUGGGGUCCACUAGCACGUACCCACUCCCGAAACCUUGGUGGUCAAAAUUCGAAUUCGAACGUUUCUUCUGGCUUUGCCCACCUAAGGUUGGGGAGCGUUGGUCGAUCGAGCCUUAGGCAGCACCGUGCAUAUUCUUUUCAUGGAUUCACAGGGUGAAAGGGAGGUCUGGGACGGAGAGACACUCAGACACAUCAUCAGCCGGAGUCUAGUACCCGUGGUCUCACAGUGUCUGGCAAAAGGAUGGAACAUUCUGUGCCCUUUGCUGCAC